AUGCUUUAACCAAAAAUGAUAGAAUUAGAAAAUUAACUUAACUGCAGUUAAAAUCAUAAUUAACCAAUUCUCAUGGUUAAAUUUGAUAAAAAGAUAAAGAUGGGAGAACGUCUUUUGUGUGCACAUUGUUUAGAGAAUUUUGAAUAAGAAAGUAAAUUAAUUGGAUUUAAAAAGGCACUUAAAAUGAUUGAAGAAAAAUAAUAGUCUAAAUUAGACAAUAUUUAAGAAUUGAUAAAAGCCAAUUAGGAAAUGGUGGAAUCAUUGAUCAACCAAAUUCAAAAAUUAAAAUCAGACCUUAAUUAAUAUUUAGAUGAAUUGUUAUCUUAUUCUAUUGAUUGGAUUAAAAACCUUAAUAAUAUUGGGUUAGCUAGUUCAUCAUAUAGUUUUCUUGAUGAAUUAGAAUUAUUAAUUAAUAAUCCCAAGGAUAAUCUCAUUAAUUUAGAAUCAAUUAUUUAAUAACUUAAAUUACUUAAUAAUUCACUGAGUGCCAAAAUUAAUAUCAAAAUAUCCAAUCUUAAAAACUAAGAUUUAUAUUCAUAAUGCGAAAAAAUUUUAUCAAAUUUAAAUUUUUUCCCUCAUCUGAAAUUAUUUGAUGAUUCAAUUAAAUAAGAAGAUUAAUGUUAUGCAUUUUCAUUUAAUGUUUCUGAUUCACUUAUGAUAUCAGCAUCUGGUUGUUAAAUUAAAGUAUGGGAUUUUGUUCGUGGAAUUUUGAAUGAAAUUACAACUCUUAGCCUACACACUGGCCCGAUUACUUGUCUGUAAUUUAGUAAAAAGAACAAUUGUUUUCUAUCAACUGGUUUUGACAAAUAAAUCUGUUGUUGGAAUUAAAUAAAUGAUAAAGAAUGGAAGAAUUCCUAAUUCUAUAAAUAACAUACUGAUUGCAUAGAUUGUUUGAUUUUAAAUAAAUCUGAAGAUCAACUUAUUUCAGGAGGAAGAGAUCAUUCAAUUAAAGUUUGGAAAGUUGAUUUUUUAUAGAAUCAAUUAUACUAUUUAUAUUCAUUGGAUAAGCAUACAAAUGGUAUUUAUAGUUUAUGUUUAAAUUAAUCUGAAAAUACUUUGGUUUCUACUGAUUGCUUUUAAAUCAUAAUUUGGAAGAAAGAUAAUAAACAGAAAUGGUAAUUUGAAAAUUAAAUUACAUAAAAUUUACAAUUCAUUGGAUCUAGGUUGUAUUUUAUAAAUAAUCAAUAACUAAUUUUGGCAACAAGAAACGAAGUAAAAAAUUAUAUCAGCAUUUUAUAAUUGGAAAAUGGCUAACAAUUUAAUGAAAUUGUUGAUUUAAAAUUAAUUGAAAAUAAUUAAAUUAGAGAUGUAAAUUUAUUUCCUAUCUGUUAUAACAAAGAAUAGAAUUUGAUGAUCUUUAAACAUAAAUUAAAUGUUUACUUGAUAAAAAUAUUAAAGGAUGGUAAUUUAGAAGUACUUACAGAGAUGAAUUAUUCAACAACAUUUAUUUUUGGAAAAUUAACAAAUGAUGGAAAAUAUUUAAUCAUUUGGGAAGAAGCACGAAAAAAAUUUGAUAUCUAUGAAUUAUAAAUCAUUUGA